AUGACUUCUCUAAGAUCGUGGUUCAGCAUUCCUCGAGGGUCUCACUUCUCACUCGCGAACAUUCCCUUUGGAAUCAUCUCGACGACGUCAUCGACAGCACCGCGAGUAGCUGUUGCUAUUGGAGAUCACGCGUUGGACCUUGAAGUCUUCGCAGCGAACAAUGGCUUUUCAGGGUUGUCCACCAUUCAGCCACACCAAUCUGUCUUCUCGCAACCAUCACUGAAUGCCUUCGCAGCGCUUGGACGACCAAUACACUCAAUUGUGCGCAAAUACAUUCAGAGCGUGUUCACUGAGAGCACAGAGUUCCCAGAUGUAUUGAAGAACAACGAGUCGUUGCAGAAGCAGGCUUUGAUUCCACUACAAGAUGUGAAGAAGCACCUGCCUUUCAAAAUUGGCGAUUACACAGACUUCUUCGCUGGCAUGAAUCACGCUUACAACUGUGGAGUGAUCUUCCGUGGGCCGCAAAACGCUCUGCAACCAAAUUAUAAGCAUCUUCCGGUCGGCUACCACGGGCGCGCAUCAUCGGUCGUACCAUCAGGGUCACCAAUUCGUCGACCAAACGGCCAAAUCCUGCUGAACCCUAACGCCGAGAAGAAGGAACCAACCUUCUCGCCUUGCAAGAAGCUUGAUAUCGAGCUGGAACUGGGUGCAUUCGUAUGCGGUUCGAACGAACAAGGAAUACCUAUACCGAUCGAUAAGGCUGCAGACAAUAUCUUCGGUGUCGUUUUGAUGAACGACUGGUCAGCGCGAGACAUCCAAGCCUGGGAGUACGUACCUCUAGGACCAUUCAACGCAAAGAACUUUGGCACGACUAUUAGCACUUGGGUAGUCCUCGCAGAAGCGCUCGAGCCUUUCAAGGUCAAGGGUCUGGAGAACGAUGGCAAUGUAUUGCCGUAUCUCAAAGAGAAGGAUGAGAAGUCAGUGUACGACAUCAAUCUUCAGGUGGAUGUGAAGACAUCGUCCGGUCACAACACCACAAUCUCAAAGGUGAACGCACGAAACCUACUAUGGUCCUUCCCACAGAUGCUCGCCCACCAUACCAUCACUGGCUGUCCUUUCCAGCCUGGAGACCUGCUCGGCUCCGGUACAAUAAGCGGCGACUCUCCUGCUGAAUAUGGAAGCUUCAUAGAAAAGAGCCAGAACGGCAAGGAACCCAUCAGGCUUAGCGGCGGUGACGUGAGGACGUUCUUGGAGGACGGUGAUGAGAUCACAAUCAAAGGUGUAUGUGGCGAGGACGAGGAAGCACUGGUAGGGUUUGGGGAAUGUGUAGGGAAGAUUGAGCCCGCAUUGGAGCUCAACUUUAAUUGA